GCGUGCACGUGCUCCUGUCAUGUUGAUUGCUACUAGUACGAGAGCAGUGUGCACACUGCACAGCUUGAACGUUGACUUUGUGCUGCUCCGUUCUCUCUACGAUUCAAGAAAUGCCCUACCUUGAAGACCAAACCUUCAGUUUUUACACUAGAGACGUCGGCGCACAACUCACUCCGAAUGCUACUCAGAAGACAACUCUAAUCGUCGCUGGCUGCUAUGUAAUAAUUAUCGCUAUUCUGUGGCAUGUCCCAGUAUUGAGUUGGAUCAGUGCACUGCUUACCGUGGGCUUCCAUGAGAUGAGCCAUGCCAUUACUGGUAUCUUGACUUGUGCUACUAUCCAUUCUGUCGAGCUUGAUCCUGAUGAAGGCGGCGAGACCCGCAUGUCGGGCGGUAUACCAUGGAUCACCCUUCCUGCCGGAUACCUCGGGUCCUCAUUCAUCGGCGCUUGUCUUAUUGCAUGUGGAUUUGAUACCAAUGCGAGCAAAAUAGCUUGUCUUGUUCUUGGUGUAUUUUUUCUCUUCACGUUAUGGUGGGCACGCAGGAAUUGGCUGACAUGGAUACUCAUUCUUGGAAUGUCUGGCUUGAUCGUGUUAUUCUGGCUAGUGGCAGACAGUGUGGCGUUGCGUUACUUCAUUUUGUUUGUUGGCGUGAUGUCAGAUUUGUAUGUGCUAUGGGACGUGAUAGACGACACCAUCUCGCGGAAAGUCAACAGCUCUGAUGCAUCCGCAUUCGCUCGGAUUUGUGGCUGUUUCCCAUCUCAAGUGUGGGGCGUCAUUUGGCUUCUCGUAGCCUUUGCGUUCUUUGCCGCUGGCAUCAUAGUGGGGCUAGUUGUAUUCAAGGUUCUUGCCUCCUUUGCCUCAGUUAAGAUAACGCUGAUGGGCGAAAUAUCUCAGGAGUCUUCAUCAGAACAGGAAUCGUCAGCCGCGCAUUUCCUUCCUGCUCCAGGAUCGAGCGGUGCUAUGGCAUCUGUACCAUUACCAGGUGCCCUUAUAAUGAUUGUUACAAACCUCUUGUGGCAGCUGUUAUUGUGACUUUGAAAAUCAGAGUCAGUUGGUGCUGUGAUCCCGGAUAUCAGAAACCCUGCUGUAGCUUUUCACUGUCGUAGAAUGAUGUUUUGUACGGCGAUACUUGGCUUGCUGAUAUUGUUUUGGCCUGAUCUUUUUUGAUAACUUACCUGUUUUCCUGCACUGUGUACAUAGUAUCACACUAGGUCACAGUCCCUGUUGACAUGAUUCAGAAUCCUUGUGUUAUUAUGCCGCUAUGCGUGCUACUCAUAAGGUUUAACUGCUUAUGUAAAGUCAAACCCUAUUUCCGGAAUUUACCUUUCGCCCAGCGCACGUGCGCUGUCACCAAUAAAUUAUGAAAAUCCUUCAACUAUAAAA